AGUGAAUGGCAAUUUGAAAGAGAAGCUUCUUUGGGCAAGAAAAUCUUGGAAAAACUAUAAAAUACUGUUUUUUCUGUUUACUGUUCGUGUGGUAUACAUUUAUAAUUUGUAACAAUGGCUGAAGAAGAUGAGGAAAUUGGACACAGAGUGUUGGCUACAGUUAGACGCAAGCCCGAAGAAGAUACUGCGUUUCUUCAAUUCAUUGAAAUGGAAAAUUUUAAGUCCUACCGUGGCCACAUUGUAGUUGGUCCCUUAAAGCAAUUUAAUGCUGUUAUUGGUCCCAAUGGCUCUGGUAAAUCAAACUUCAUGGACGCAAUCAGUUUUGUUAUGGGUGAAAAAACAUCGAGCCUGCGUGUAAAGCGGCUGAACGAUUUAAUACACGGUUCAUCCAUUGGCAAGCCAGUGGCGCGCAGCUGCUAUGUGACGGCUAAAUUUAUUUUGGACGGGGAGAAGCAUAUGGAUUUUCAACGUGCCGUAAUAAGCGGAUCCUCGGAGUAUCGAAUAAAUGGCGAGAGCGUCUCAAGCAAUACUUACCUAAAUAAACUAGAAAAACUGGGCAUCAAUGUGAAGGCAAAGAACUUUUUAGUGUUCCAGGGCGCUGUAGAAAACAUUGCCAUGAAGACGCCCAAGGAGCGAACAGCUCUUUUCGAAGAAAUUAGCGGGUCGGGUUUGCUAAAGGAUGACUACAAUCGGCUCAAGCAGGAAAUGAUUGUCGCUGAAGAGGAGACACAGUUUACGUACCAGAAAAAAAAGGGAAUUGCUGCCGAGCGGAAGGAAGCCAAGCAUGAGAAAAUGGAGGCCGAACGUUACACACGUCUGCAAGAUGAAUAUAACGAAAAGCAAGUGGAAUAUCAAUUGUUUCGCUUAUUUCACGUUGAAAAGGAUGUACAGAAGUACAACGCGGACUUGGAGGUAAAGCAGCAAGAGUUGAAAGCCGUGGAGCACCGUAAAGAAGCUGCUGAUGAGGUGCUGCGCGAAAAGAAAAAAGAUGCUGGCAAAAUAACGCGAGACUUAGCUAAGAUUGACCAGGAGAUACGCGAGUUUGAAACACAGCUGAACAAACGACGUCCAUUAUACAUAAAAGCCAAGGAAAAGGUGGCGCAUUGCAAGAAGAAGUUGAUAUCCCUGCAAAAGACAUUGGAAACAGCGCGUGAGGCGGACAAUGCACAUCAGCAAGAUAUACAAAAGUUGGAAAAGCAAUUAAGCGACGUUGAGGUAUUAAAGAAGCGUUUUGAGGAUGAGAUCGAAAACGAGUCCCAAAGACGUGGAAAAAGCGUCAACAUGGAGGAGGGUCUCGUACAAGAAUAUGACCGCUUGAAACAGGAGGCCGAAGCAACUGCUACACAAUAUCGCUCCGAGCUGGAUUCAAUCAAUCGGGAGCAAAAAUCCGAGCAGGAUACUCUUGAUGGUGAAACAAAUCGCAGGGCGUCUGUGGAGGAAUCGUACAAGAAGCUUUCACUGCAGAGAGAAGAAGCAGUGAAGCGCAGAGAUAAGCUGAUGGAUCAUAUAAAAUCCUCUCAAGCGGCGCUCGAAGAACAGAAUCGCAUAAAGGAUGAACUGCGACGUGAUGUGGGCAGUUCAAAGGAAAAAAUUGCAGAGAAACAACGUGAGCUUGAGAAUGUUCGAGAUCAGUUGGGCGAUGCCAAGAGUGACAAGCACGAGGAUGCCCGUCGUAAAAAGAAACAGGAAGUAGUUGAGCUAUUUAAGAAACAAGUGCCCGGUGUUUACGAUCGCAUGAUUAACAUGUGCCAGCCCACACACAAACGCUACAACGUGGCCGUCACAAAGGUGUUGGGAAAGUUUAUGGAAGCGAUAAUUGUGGACACAGAGAAAACCGCGCGACAUUGCAUUCAGAUUUUAAAAGAGCAGAUGCUUGAGGUGGAGACCUUUCUACCACUAGAUUAUCUGCAGGUUAAACCCUUAAAGGAACGUCUCCGCAACAUCAGUGAUCCGCGCAAUGUGCGACUGGUGUUCGAUGUGCUUAAAUUCGAGCCACAAGAGAUUGAACGAGCUGUUCUGUUCGCCACUGGCAAUGCGCUGGUCUGCGAAACGCCAGAGGAUGCUAUGAAAGUAGCCUACGAAAUUGAUCGAUCUCGAUUUGAUGCCCUUGCGCUAGAUGGCACAUUCUAUCAAAAGUCCGGUCUCAUCUCUGGUGGCAGCCAUGACUUGGCACGCAAGGCGAAACGCUGGGAUGAAAAGCACAUGGCGCAACUCAAAAUGCAAAAGGAACGCCUUAAUGAGGAGCUCAAGGAAUUGGUUAAGAAGUCGCGCAAGCAAAGUGAGCUGGCAACGGUUGAAUCGCAGAUUAAGGGCCUCGAGAAUCGUCUGAAAUACAGCAUGGUGGACUUAGAGUCAUCAAAAAAAUCCAUUAGCCAGUACGAUAACCAAUUGAAGCAGGUGCAAAGCCAGUUGGAUGAUUGUGGACCUAAAAUUAACGAAAUUGAGCGUCGAAUGCAAGAUCGUGAAGAGCACAUACAGGAGAUCAAAGAGAACAUGAAUAAUGUGGAAGACAAAGUAUUUGCCGACUUCUGUCGUCGAUUGGGUGUUAAGAAUAUUCGACAAUAUGAAGAGCGUGAGCUGGUAAUGCAACAGGAGAGGGCGCGCAAACGUGCCGAGUUCGAGCAGCAAAUCGAUGGGAUUAACACUCAGCUGGACUUUGAGAAACAAAAGGACACACGGAAAAACGUUGAGCGCUGGGAACGCAGCGUGCAAGAUGAGGAAGAUGCACUGGAAGGUCUUAAAGCGGCCGAGGCGCGGUAUUUAAAAGAAAUGGAUGAGGAGAAGGAGAAAAUGGAGAAGUUCAAGCAGGAGAAGCAAGCCAAGAAGCAAGCAGUGGAUGAUAUGGAAGAGGAUAUAUCAAAAGCCCGUAGAGAUGUUGCCAACCUGGCCAAAGAAAUUCACAAUGUUGGCAGCCAAAUGUCUUCAACGGAGUCAAAAAUCGAAGCCAAGAAAAAUGAAAGACAAAAUAUAUUGCUGCAGGCCAAAACUGACUGCAUUGUGGUACCUUUAUUGCGUGGCUCGCUUGAUGAUGCAGUGCGACAAAGUGAUGCAGACAGCCUCGAACCAUCAACGUCAACAAUGCACGAUAACCUCAUUGAGGUUGACUAUCGAUCGCUUCCACGCGAAUUGUGCAAGCUUAAAGACGACUCUGCCUUCAAGAAAACCAACGAACAGCUGCAGAAAGAUUUGCAAAGCAAACUUGAUAUUCUGGAGCGCAUACAAACACCAAAUAUGAAAGCGAUGCAAAAACUAGAUCUGGUUACAGAGAAAGUACAGUCCACAAAUGAAGAGUUCGAGAAUGCCAGGCGUAAAGCCAAAAAGGCCAAAGCGGCAUUCGAGAAAGUAAAGAAUGAGCGCUCGUCGCGAUUCGUGCAAUGCUGUCAGCAUAUAUCCGAUGCUAUAGAUGGUAUUUACAAGAAGCUGGCUCGCAAUGAGGCUGCCCAGGCAUACAUUGGCCCCGAUAAUCCCGAAGAACCGUAUCUCGAUGGCAUCAAUUACAAUUGUGUAGCACCCGGUAAACGUUUCCAGCCAAUGAGUAAUUUGAGUGGUGGAGAAAAGACUAUUGCUGCUCUUGCGUUACUCUUCUCUACGCACAGCUAUCAUCCAGCGCCAUUUUUUGUACUUGACGAGAUCGAUGCCGCUUUGGAUAACACAAACAUUGGCAAAGUCGCUUCAUAUAUUCGAGAUCACACAACAAAUUUGCAGACGAUUGUCAUAUCCCUAAAGGAGGAGUUCUAUGGUCAUGCUGAUGCGCUAGUCGGCAUCACACCUGCGGAGGGCGAUUGUCUCAUAUCUAAUGUCUAUAUAAUUGAUUUGACUUGCUAUGAGGACAAAUGACGUUUCGACUUUUACUAGAGUUAAGCAUAAAAUAUUAUUUAUAAUCGAAACUUCAGACUACAGUUCAAAAAGUAAUAAACCAUUUUAUGAUUUU